GCUAAUUAAUUAGUGGAUGCAGGUGAUCUCGGUUGCUUGGCAACCACCGGGAAACGGCAGUGCUGUCUCUAAAUGUGGUCGCCAUGUGGAAAAUGUAGAUUUGAGUGAUAAUUAUUUCCAUUGAGAAUCGCCAUGGAUCGAUACAGACGCCAGGUUCGACUCCGUCGUGACAGUGGCUUUCCCAAAAAUCGAGACACUCCACUGAAACCGACACGCAGGAGACGAGACCGAAAAAGGAGACUUCUCCCGAGCAAACAUUUUGACACCUUAGUGGAGGAAAGUGAAGAUGGUGGCACGAGCUUGUCCGCAGGUAGACGCGCAGGCGCAGUAUUGGCCAACUCUGCACCUCCCCAUCACAGUUCUGUGUCACACUUCAAACCUCAGAAAAAAACGGCAACACCUGUUGGUCAUCAGAAUCUCUCACAAACAAGCACUGCAAACAUUAAAGCUUCUCCAGUACUUCAGUCUUUCGGAGCUGGAGGAACACCAGAAAGUGUGACGUCUUGCAGCAUGGAAACAAACUCAACGUUCAACUCAGAGGAGAAUGGCGACAGUAGAUCCUCCUCUACCUCUGCAAUCUCAAGCAGUUAUCCUUCCCCAGAGAUCUUCAGGAGAGAAAUGGAAACACAGACUUUCCUUAACAGAGAGGAGAUUCUUGCGAUCAACUGUAAGAUCAAAAACUCCACCCUGCUGGAUGUGAGCCAUGCUGAGAGCAUCCACACUUAUCACCCACCGAACAUGUCCACUAUUUUAGAUGCAUCCACACAUGUUGCAGAAAAUAACAGUGAAAUCAGCCACCAUCAGGAAACUCCCACUGAAAAUAAAUCUCCUGGGAUGAAAAGUUCACAAAAUUUUGUUGAGAGAAGGUCAAUAGUGUACAGGAAAAGAGUAUCAUUUAAAAGCCCCAUCAUUUCAGAGCCUCUGAAUGAAAAAGAUGUCCCAUCACCCUCAGCCAUAAAUGACACCAUCAGUAAACUAUCCAGAGCUCCUGAGUGGAUGACACCAGAUGCACAGACGCCCACAAUGGAUGAAAUCAGCCCUGAAAAAGAAAUAACUGUGAGGCUAAAAAGGCCUGUAGAGACUGAUACUGAGAAAGCCAUGUUCUUCAACUUUGCCAGCAACAGUGAAAGGGAUGCUGCCUUUAAGAACAUGAGAGAUAGAAGCUCCAAACUUAGAUGCUCCUUUUAUUUUCCCUUUACGGUUCACACCCAAUGCCCUAUAUGCAAUAAUAGCAAAUCUGAGUUAACUUGGAGUUAACUCUGAUACCAUGGUGGAAAAAUUACACAAAUGGUUGGGCAAAAUAACAAUAUAUAUAUAUAAAAGAAAUAGUGGAAUGUACAUGCUCUCUGUGAAAAUUUGGUACAUGACUAUAAAAUAUAUUGAUAUAUUAAUAAAAUAAAUAUAGUAGGUAAAGGUAUUUAAUUGUCUAAAAAAAAAAGGAAAAUGGCAGAAAAAAAGAAAAUUAUCUCAUAAAUGUCCUUGAUUUAACACUUGAAUGUAUUAUAAAGCAGUAAAUGUUUGUACUUUUAUGUUUUUGUUUUAGGAAACCAACAAAUAAAUAUUCUAUAAAGAGUCUUAAACCUUAUAAAACUUAACAAAAAAUAUGUAAUGUGUCUAUAGCUUUGUUUCUUCCACUUUUUAAGCCAUUUUAAUAUAUCUGCAUACUUUAUAAAGCCAUAACAAUGUCAGACUUUUCUGAAAUAUAAUUCAAAUGUGUGUGGUGAGUUUUGAACACUAGGUGGCACAUCUGUAUUAGUUUUUCUUGGGAAAAAAAUAAUAAAUAUAUAACACUUGCUAAA